AUGACGACAGUCGAAUCGCCGGAAUCGCCAUCGGAAGAGGAGAAGAGAGAGAGACGAGGAGAUGCAGUCUCGACACGGAGGAGCAAGAGGCAAGAACACGACGACGACAGACCAAUCGCCAUUGGAAUCGCCGUUAAUUGCCAUGGAGAAGAGGAAUCGAGAGAGAGAAGUCGUUUGUGA